AAAGAGGGUGAAAGAAGGGAAAAAAAACACAACAAAAAGGAAAUAUAAAUACAUUUUCACAAGUGAAUACAUUUUCUCAGGGCGAACGCAGCACAGAAGUUUACAAACAUUCAUCAUAUUCAUCAUCCAUGACUUCCUUAAUGGGUGCUCUACACUUUCUCUUUCCUCAAUUUUUUCUCAUCUCUCUCAUUCUCAUCUCCUCGUUUUUGCAGCUUUCUCUCUCCCACCAACUUCAAUCAAAUGAAGGAGAAGAAGAAGAAGUAUUUGGGCGUAGGAAGCUUUUAGGGUUCAAGGAAAAACCUUCUGGGUCCAAUACUACCUUUGGAUGCUCUCCCUCUGGUCCUUGCGUUUCUUGUCAAUAUUCUGAGAAGAAUGAUAAGAAAUAUCGCUGUAGUGAAACUGGAUAUCGCAUCCCUUUCAAAUGUAUCAAAACUGGAGAUGUGACAAAGGAAGCAAGUGGUAAGGGCCUUCAAAACAGUCGUCUUACUAAAGAAGGUUCUGUUAGUACAGACAAUUCAGAAGUUAAGCACAGGACAUUAGCAGACACUGGUCAGAAGGGUGAAUUCCAAGAGUAUGUCACUUAUAGAAGUUGUAUACAGGGUGUGAAUGAAGAGAAGAUCUCAGUUCUUGGAUUUGAGGUCCUUAUAUUGGGUCUCUUGCUCGUGAGUGGAUCAUUUGUAUUUUACAGGCGAAAAAAGAUUGUAGCGAUGGCUGGUUCUGGAAGUGUGAGAGUUGCGAGCAACUCUAGGUUUUAGGUGAUUCUUUUGGUCAGCUUUAAGAUUUUGUUAUGUGUAAUGUUAUGUGUAAUCAAAGCGUUUUUUUUUUGGGCUUCUCUAGACACUUUGUAAUGGAAGCUCGAUUUAGUUCAUAUGUUCAUGCCCUGUCGGCUUGUAUGUAAUAUACUCUGGCUUGAUCAUAGCGAUCUUAUAAAUCAAUUAUAUCUGAGAAUUUUUACCAAUUA